ACAGAAACCAGAGGAACAUGAACCUACCAUAUGCUGUAUUUCCGACUUCCGCACAGAGGGAAGAGGAGCUGACGGGAAGCACCUGAACGCACCACACCAUUACAGGCACUCCAGCGGCUGAGAACAGACGAGAUGCAGACCAUAAAGUGCGUGGUGGUGGGCGACGGCGCCGUUGGAAAGACGUGCCUGCUCAUCUCCUACACCACCAACAAGUUCCCCUCCGAAUACGUCCCCACGGUCUUUGAUAACUAUGCAGUGACAGUGAUGAUCGGCGGGGAGCCGUACACUCUGGGACUGUUUGACACUGCAGGUCAGGAGGACUACGACAGGCUGCGACCUCUCAGCUACCCUCAGACCGACGUCUUCCUCGUCUGUUUCUCCGUCGUAUCGCCUUCAUCUUUUGAGAACGUCAGAGAGAAGUGGGUGCCAGAGAUCACACAUCACUGCCCGCGGACGCCUUACCUGCUGGUCGGGACUCAGGUGGAUCUGAGAGAUGACAGCAACACUCUGGAGAAGCUGGCCAAGAACAAGCAGCGAGCUCUGACCUGCGAGGCUGCCGAGAAGCUGGCCCGGGAGCUGAAGGCCGUCAAAUACGUGGAGUGUUCGGCUCUCACGCAGAAAGGACUGAAGAACGUGUUCGAUGAGGCCAUCCUGGCUGCUCUGGAGCCUCCAGACACCAAACCCAAGAAACGCUGCGUGCUGCUAUAGACGCCACAACAGAGCGUGGAAGAGGAAGAGGUGGAGGUGGAGAUGUUUUUACUUGACGGUUGAGUGCCAACAGCGUGAGCGAAUCACCGGCCCCUGCUUUGAUGAAAUAAACCACCCUCAUGAGAAGCUUCAAAUAGCAGCAAAACAAAGACAUGUGAGCAAUAAGUAGAGAUGUGAAAAAGUGCUCUGUAUUGAAAGAUGAAUGUUGGACCUGGUGGGUGUUUGGAAAAAUAAAAACAAAACUUGAAUUUUUGCUUCAA